CGAAAAUGACUUUAUUCAACAAAUCAUAAAGAUAUUGGAACAUUAUAUUUUAUUUUUGGAAUUUGAGCAGGAAUAGUAGGAACUUCUUUAAGUUUAUUAAUUCGAGCAGAAUUAGGUAAUCCUGGAUCUUUAAUUGGAGAUGAUCAAAUUUAUAAUACUAUUGUUACAGCUCAUGCUUUUAUUAUAAUUUUUUUUAUAGUUAUACCAAUUAUAAUUGGUGGAUUUGGUAAUUGACUUGUACCUUUAAUAUUAGGAGCCCCUGAUAUAGCUUUCCCCCGAAUAAAUAAUAUAAGUUUUUGAUUACUUCCCCCUUCUUUAACUUUACUUAUUUCAAGAAGAAUUGUAGAAAAUGGAGCAGGAACAGGAUGAACAGUUUACCCCCCACUUUCAUCUAAUAUUGCACAUGGAGGAAGAUCAGUAGACCUAGCUAUUUUUUCUUUACAUUUAGCUGGAAUCUCAUCUAUUUUAGGAGCAAUUAAUUUUAUUACUACUAUUAUUAAUAUAAAAUUAAAUAGCUUAUCUUUUGAUCAAAUACCAUUAUUUAUUUGAGCUGUAGGAAUUACUGCAUUUUUAUUAUUAUUAUCAUUACCAGUUUUAGCAGGUGCUAUUACUAUACUUUUAACAGAUCGAAACCUUAAUACAUCUUUUUUUGAUCCUGCUGGAGGAGGUGAUCCUAUUUUAUAUCAACAUUUAUUUUGAUUUUUUGGCCAUCCAGAAGUAUAUAUUUUAAUUUUACCAGGAUUUGGUAUAAUUUCUCACAUUAUUUCCCAAGAAAGAGGAAAAAAAGAAACAUUUGGUUGUUUAGGGAUAAUUUAUGCUAUAUUAGCUAUUGGAUUAUUAGGAUUUAUUGUAUGAGCUCACCAUAUAUUUACAGUUGGUAUAGAUAUUGAUACUCGAGCUUAUUUCACAUCAGCUACUAUAAUUAUUGCAGUACCAACAGGAAUUAAAAUUUUUAGUUGAUUAGCUACUUUUCAUGGAACUCAAAUUAAUUACUCCCCAUCUAUUUUAUGAAGUUUAGGAUUUGUAUUUUUAUUUACUGUUGGAGGAUUAACAGGAGUAAUUUUAUCUAAUUCUUCUAUUGAUAUUACAUUACAUGAUACAUAUUAUGUAGUGGCUCAUUUUCAUUAUGUAUUAUCUAUAGGAGCAGUAUUUGCUAUUUUAGGAGGAUUUAUUCAUUGAUACCCUUUAUUCACUGGAUUAUCUUUAAAUCCUUAUUUAUUAAAAAUUCAAUUUAUCACAAUAUUUAUUGGAGUAAAUUUAACUUUUUUCCCUCAACAUUUCUUAGGAUUAGCAGGUAUACCUCGACGAUAUUCUGAUUAUCCAGAUUCUUAUAUUUCUUGAAAUAUUAUCUCAUCUUUAGGAUCUUAUAUUUCUUUAGUGGCUAUUAUAAUAAUAUUAAUUAUUAUUUGAGAAUCUUUAAUUAAUCAACGAAUUGCUUUAUUUACAUUAAAUUUACCCUCAUCAAUUGAAUGAUACCAAAACUUACCUCCAGCAGAACAUUCAUAUAAUGAACUACCUAUUUUAAGUAAUU